CCUUCCGUUUGAGAAACGGCCUCUAUAGCUUUAAAAGCCAGAGCGCGUUUCGUAAUCCAGACUUGUUUUGGAUCCUUCGGCGCGCCGUAGCGGUCAGUGUGCAGUAUGUUGUUAAAGUUCGGUCGUUCGAGGCUGUGGAAGUAAAAUUCAUUCUUACAUUUGUGUAGCGAAGGCUGAUUGUAGAGGAAUCUUCUCCAUCAUGGGAAACACCAGCGAUCGACUGUCUGGAGACAGACAUGGAGCAAAAACACAGCGGUCAGACAGCGGAGGACACAAAGACCUGGAGCCCAGCAAAAUGAUGGACAGCACCGACGACCCCAAUAUUUUCAACACACACGGGCCUGAAUCUAAAGCCGCGGGUGAGAAGGACUUCGCUCCAGAUUUAGAGGACAUGGUGAAGACGGUUCCGCAGGCUCGACCCACAGUGAUCCGCUGGGCCGGAGGCGGCAAAGAGGUUUACAUCACCGGCUCCUUCAACAGCUGGGGCAGCAAGAUCCCCAUGAAUAAAAGCCACAAUGAUUUUGUAGCAAUCUUGGACCUGCCUGAGGGUGAACAUCAGUACAAAUUCUUUGUUGAUGGCCAGUGGCUUCAUGACCCCUCUGAGCCGGUUGUCACUAGUCAGAUGGGCACCAUUAACAAUCUGAUCCACGUGAAGAAAUCUGAUUUUGAGGUGUUUGACGCGCUGCAGGUGGACUCUCUCGAGUGCUCCGAUACGUCAGAUCUGUCCAGCUCUCCGCCUGGGCCGUACAAACAAGAAGUGUAUGUGUUCAAACCGGAGGAACGCUUCAAAGCGCCCCCCAUCCUGCCGCCUCACCUCCUACAAGUCAUUCUCAACAAAGACACCAACAUAUCGUGUGAUCCUGCCCUGCUGCCAGAACCCAACCACGUGAUGCUCAAUCAUCUGUAUGCACUCUCGAUAAAGGAUGGUGUGAUGGUUCUCAGUGCAACUCAUCGCUAUAAGAAGAAAUAUGUGACGUCUCUUCUGUACAAGCCUAUUUAAAAUGCUGUGGAUGACACGUGAUCUACAGUCCUCAUCCACUAUAGUCCAGAUGCUAUAGUCUGUCUGCUUGAGACUUCAGCAGUAGUGUGCAUGUGUGUGUGCGUGUGUGUGUGUGUGUGUGUGUGUGUGUGUCUCCUGUCAUCACACAUGCAAUACAUGGACAUCUAAACUUCCUGUUUGCCGUCUUGGGUGCAGCAUUUUACAAUCUUGAAGGCCAGAAAUGAAUCUGUCCAAAGCUCUUUAUAUAAUGCUGUCAAACAGAAUUCAUAUAUUUGAAAACUGCUGACAGAAGAUCUUCAUAAAUACAAGCGAGUUCAAGUUUUGAGUUUCAACGCAGAUGAACAUUUGAAAGUAACCAUUCUAAGCUUUUAUAGUCUCAUAAUUCAUGUUUAUGUGUCUGUUUUCAGAACGAAAGGAAGUUUCAGCCAAACACAGUGGCGUUUAGUAUUUGCGCUCUGAACAGAACCAUUCGCUUCAAUACUUUCACGUCGGCACUGAUAGAUGUGCUUUGAGGACUGAACAGGUUAAAACAUUUCAAACAGCAUUACAGAACGGUGCAAAUAGAUUUUGAACUGUGAGGUUUACUGCAUGGGUUUGAAUUUCACCAUGAAGCUGUCAGACGAGCACUUUAGCUGUGUUUCACUGUGACAGACAGACAUGUUUUAUUUAUUUUAUCAAGCAGGAAUUAAUUUUUGCAUCUGUUACAAAUAUUAAUUUUAUGGCAAACGUAUGUGGACACCUGAGCCUUACUGGCCUGAUCCAGUGGUGUUCAGGUCUGGUCUUUCUGGUGCUGAAGAACUAGACCGGCCCGAGUCAGUGAACCCUCCUCAAGCUCCUGCAACAAAGUUGGAAGCACAGAAUUCUUUAGCUUGGUGUUGCAUGCGUAUCAUGAAGAUUCAUUUUUCACUAGAAUUACUGGAAUAGACGGACUCGUUAACUAAGAACGGGGCGUCCACAUAUGUUUGGCCAUAAUCUGUAUAAUAUUGUAGUGUGAAAUGCUUGGUUUUGUUUGUGUUAUCAUUUCUGGUCAUCAAUAUUAAAUGUUGGAUCAGGAAUGUUUUAACAUUGAGGAUGAUAUAAAUUAUAUUCAUAAGGUUUUAUUUGUUUGCUGUGAGUUGAAUUGUGUGGCGUUGAAGGUUUAUUCACUCCAAAGAUAAUAACUGUAACUGUAAUCAGUAAUGUGAUUUCCCAAAGGAAAGAAAAUAUGAAUUUCAUAAGAACACCACAGCUUUAAAUGCUUUCAGGAUAUUUUGAGGGAAAGUCCAAUGAAGUUAUUUCAAGUUAAAUGUGUUUUUUAUAUACUGAUAAAUUAUUUGUUGAGCUAUGCAUUAUAAAUGGAUGUUUUGCUUCUAAAAUUAAUAAAGCAAACCAUUCUAGUUGA